AUGUCAUCACCACAGAGAGAAGGAUUCACUGCACCAGCAUCUAUAUCACACGCAGCUCACGGACAAGUUACCAAUAAAUCGUUGGGAGUUAAGUACAACUGUGCCCAAUGUGCCACUUCAUUCUCAUUAGGAAAAAGUGAUGCUAUUAGAUGUAAGGAAUGUGGUCACAGAGUCAUCUACAAGGCUAGAACUAGAAGAAUGGUUCAGUUUGAAGCACGUUAA